AUGGCCAAUAAAGCAGAUCAUAGCACCACGGCCGUGGAACCGGAUGUGGUCAUUCAGAGAGAUAAUCAAGUUUUGCGCAGUGAACACGGCAUCGAACCUAGCGAAGAUUGCAUUGAGAAGACUGAGCGCCACCUUGAUAUCACCGAAGACGACUUGCUGGAGGUCAAGGAGCUCGCAGCAACUUAUUCGCUUGACAUCUUGCGAAGUAUAAUGCAACGAGUAUUAAAGCUUCAUGGUCGCGAUCCCAACUUUCCUAUUAACAUCAUUCGCGAAAUUACGGAAUUUCUUAACAAUAACGACGUUUUUACUGAUCCGGAGAAAAAUAAGGCGCUUAUCAACAAAAUGAAAAUCGAAGCCGCUCUCAUUACUAGUAACUCGCCCUACGCCGAAGUCCGAGCCGUUGUCGACAACCACGACGAUCCCACCACUCCCGUUUCCACUAUCCGCGCCUGGGCAAUUGGCGCCAUUCUCUCGAUCGCAUGCGCUUUUGUCAACAUCUUUUUCGGUAUUCGUAUGCCCGCCAUUACCGUCACCUCGAACGUUCCUCAGCUGCUGGCAUAUCCACUGGGAAAAUUUUGCGAGACGGCUUUACCUGAUAUCGGCUUCACCCUCUGUGGCGUUCGCCACAGUCUGAACCCUGGCCCUUUCAACAAAAAAGAACACAUGCUCGUCACAAUUAUGGCUAGUAUCUCGAUCGGCGGUACUUAUACUAGCGUUAUUAUCUGGAUCCAGGCAUUGCCCCAGUUCUUCAAUCAGCCGUGGGCUAUUGAUUUUGGGUACCAAACGCUGAUUGCGCUUUCCACAAAUUUCAUCGGCUACAGUCUCGCGGGCAUCACGCGCCAAUUUCUGGUGUAUCCUUCAUUCUGCGUCUGGCCAGAGGCUCUUGUCACCAUUGCUCUGAACGCCUCGUUCCAUGACGAUAAGAACCCUGGUGUUGCUGGUCCUUUUAAAACAUUGUGGAAGAUGAGCCGCCUGAGGUUCUUCUGUAUCGCCGGCGGCUUUAUGUUCAUUUACUUUUGGAUUCCCAACACGCUCUUCGCCGCUUUGUCUUUCUUUACAUGGAUGACGUGGAUUGCUCCUAAUAACAGACUGCUGACCACUAUAACGGGCUUCCAGAACGGUCUUGGAAUUAACCCUAUUCCAACAUUCGACUGGAAUAUCGCAACCUUCUUUACCGACCCUCUAGUUAUUCCCUUUUUCAGCACGUUCAACCAGUUUAUAGGCAUGUUUUUUAGCAUGUUUAUAGUUGCUGGCAUCUACUUCAGUAAUGCCUGGUAUACUGGAUACCUCCCGAUUACGUCUAACGCGCCUUGGGACCAUUUCGCGAAGCGAUAUAAUGUCACGCGGGUUCUCGAUUCCAAAGGAAUUAUGGACAUGGAAAGAUAUCAAAAGUACUCCCCGCCAUAUCUAUCAGCCGGCAAAAUUGUAGUGUAUAUGUUCUAUUUUGGCGUAUAUACUGCGUCUAUCACUUAUGCCAUUCUAUACCACCGCUUGGAAAUUUCCAUGGGCCUAAAGAAGCUAUGGAUUACAAUCAGCCAAAGGGAUAACACCGACGAGGACCGCGUGUUAGAUGUCCAUAACCGCCUUAUGAAGUCUUAUAAGGAAGUGCCUGAGUGGUGGUAUGGAAUUUGUCUUAUGUUCGCUAUUGCUGUUGGAGUCGCUGGGAUUGUUUACUACCCUACUAAUGCGAGCCCUGGAGCGAUCUUUUUUGGAAUUGCUCUGACGCUUAUCUUCAUUAUACCUACCGGUAUUAUAUACGCUGUGACUGGCGUGCAAGUAAGUCUUAACGUCCUAGCCGAGUUUAUAGGUGGCUCUUGGGUUGAGGGCAACGCCUUGGCUAUGUGUUUCUUCGAGACAUAUGGCGUCAUUACGUGUCUUCAGGCACAGGCCUUUGCCAGAGACCUAAAGCUCGCACACUAUCUUAAGAUUCCUCCUCGCAUUACCUUUUUCGCCCAAAUGGUCCCUACGCUUGCGACCACCUUUGUGGCUAUAGGCGUCCUGACCUAUCAAAUCACAAUCAAGGACGUCUGCACGGAAAAUGCCCCCUUCCUGUUCUACUGCCCUAAUGAAACAGGCUUCUUCACUGAUGCGGUUUUAUGGGGCACUGUUGGCCCAAAGAGGCUCUGGGGCGUCGGUGGUCAAUAUUCUAUGACUCUGCUUGGCUUCCCUCUCGGCGUUGUUCUUGUGCUUGCUUUUUGGGCGCUGGGCAAGAAGUAUCCCGAUAACGCAAUCCUGCGCAAAACACAUCCAGUGUUGAUGCUUUUCGGUGGUAUCCAGUGGGCUCCUUACAACAUUAGCUACAUGUGGGCAGCCGUUCCGCCUGCGGCACUGUCAUGGCUCUAUAUGCGUAAGCGCUUUCUAGGAUGGUGGUUCAAGUACAACUUUGUUCUGUCGGCCGCCUUCUCCUGCGGUAUUGCUAUCUCAGGCAUCGUUCAGUUUUUUGCAGUCGCAUACCACGGCCAUAAAGUAUCCUGGUGGGGUAACCAGAUUGUCCAGAGCCAUUGCGAGGAUCCCUCAAACGGUGCCUGUCGCCUCAAACAGCUUGCCAAAGAUGAAUUCUUUGGCCCUGCCCUCGGAACCUACAACGCUUGA